UUACGACGCAAGGAUGAAUUCCGCAGGCUGAAUGGGUUUAAUCGCACAACCGUGCUCUCCGGUCGCCGGUUCCGGCUUCUACACGAAGUCUAUAGCUGGGAGAGCUGACACGAGGCCCCUCAGACCAUCCUGAUCUACUUCACCCCGCCCACGGCUUUCCGCUAUGCCUAGUCUCGUGCUGCAGACGAAUGUGAAGGUGCCCGAUGUCCGAGCAUGGAUCAAGGAGUUCUCCAAGCUUUCUGCCGAAUUCCUGGGAAAGCCCGAAGUGUACAUAUCGGUCAGCUACAACUACGACGAGAACCUCUCUUUCGGGGGCACGUUCGAGCCUGCCUUCCUUCUCACCAUCACGAGCCUUGACAACAUCAAUCCGGAGGUGAACGAGAACUACAGCAAGAUUAUCUUCGACCAUUUCCAAAAGACGCUCGGUACCCCUGGUAAUCGCGGUUACGUAGUUUUCAACGAUCCGGGCCGCGCUUUCAUCGGACAUCAAGGCACGACGUUUGCCACGAUCUUUGGAAAGUAGACAUGGAGUCUAAUUUGACUCUCCGGGCGCCUUACAACGAAGAAGGUUGUCGAUCCGCAGUGAAUGUACUUGGAUUGGAUGAAUCGAUAGUCGUUGCCAAUCAAGCCGCGUAGUAGUGAGUCCAUAUUACUUAGCCGAUAGUGUGUAGUAUAUGCGAAUAUCGCCCCUUCGGUUGCAAACCUCUGCAAACCUUGUCUUAGAGGGUGCGUGGGAUGUUAUCGGC